CUCUGACCAAUAACGUCCUCAGAUCCAUUUUAAAAAAGUGCGGUUGUGGAUUAAAGAGGGUAAACGUAAGCACUACGUCUCAUCAGCUAGAUUUCCAGGCAGCAGAAAUUAUUGCCCAGUUCUGUCCAAACUUAGAAGCCGUAGAUCUGGCACAGAUUAAUCUCACCAACAUGUCCUUAAAGCAAAUGUCUAAAAAAUGUUGCAAUCUCAAGAAACAAUCCAGAAUUGUUAGGUUUGGUGAUGUAAGAGACAUGUUGUGUUUACAGAAACAAUCCAGAAUUGUUAGGUUUGGUGAUGUUGGAGACAUGUGUUUACAGAAACAUCCAGGAUUGUUAGCCUUCGGGGGAUUUGAGAAGAUUGCCACAAAAUGUAGUAAGCUAAAAGCUCUAUACCUCAAUGACUGUGUUCGGAUUAAUGACCAGGCACUUGAAACAUUGUGUGAGAAUCUGCAAGAGAUAAAGAUAUUACAUAUUGGUGGAGCACUUACCCAAUUGUCAGCUGCUGGCCUGUGUCAUGUUGGCAAGCUUGGAAACUUGGAGCAGCUGUCAUUAUUCCAUAAUGCAGCAGUAGAUGACGUAGUUAUUGGUGCUGUAACUCAAGGUUGUCAGCGUCUCAGGUAUCUUGAUAUUUCUGGUUGCAAUGAAGGAGUAACAGAUCUGUCUUUGAAGUUUCUUUCAAAAUGUUUGCAACUGAAGACUUUGUACAUUAACUACUGUGGAAAGAUUACAGAUAUUGGAUUAUCUGCCUUGGCUACUCAGGAAAACCUUGAAGUACUACAAACCCGAGGAUGUCCUCAACUUGGUGAUGCAGGUCUAACAAGUGUUAUCCUUCUAUGUCGUGGACUUACAUCACUCGAUAUCAGUGGAUGCUUUUAUGUCACGAAUGCUGUUCUCCAAGCUUGUUUGGAUGCCGUUAGGCAUCGGACUUCAGGCAACAAAUUGGUUGUUACUGUUGGAGGUACAAGUGUUGUUCCAGAAACCCUGAAUUUGGACAGCCCACUGCUGGAAGUCUCUCAGUUUAAUCUCUGUGCUAACCACUUAAGACCUGACCGUGCUGAUUGGAUUGGUCAAUAUCAUUCUGAUUACGAAGAAGAACUAGAAGAUAAACAUGAAGAAGGUGCCGACGGCGGCGAGUAUCAUCAGAUAAUGGAUGAAUUUAUGGACAAAUCAGUUGACAGUGAUGAUGAUGAUGAUUCUUUGCUGUGAGAUAAAAACAAUGUGAUCUGCCUAAUUGAUGUAAACAUAUCCAACAUCUCCACAUUAGACGUUUGUUGCUACACGGAUGGAGUAACUCAUCGUGCUUACAUUGUUGGUAAUGGCUACAUAGUCUGAAGAUAAAACAUGAUUGACAUGUCGUUAAAAAUUGGAGAAGAAAGUUGUAUUCGUGGAAUGAGAAGUUUGAAGUGUACAUUUUGCUUAAUGAUAACAUCGUGUAUAUAUGGUAUAUGUAACGUCAAAAAAGUACUAAUUUUCCCUGAUUUAUGUUUAUGUAAAAAAUGAAAUGCAUGAAAGUAAGGUUUUUCUUUGUUACUUUUAAAUGUGCUUUUAAGUAUAGUAUCUGUUAUAUUAGAAGCAAAUAAGCCUAAUUUAAUCAUUUUACUAAAAGCAGGAGCACUGCUCUAGAAUAUAAUUUAGUGAUUACUUAAUUAAAAGUUCUUUACAGAAGAAGUUAACUUAGCUUUUAGCAUAAAACUAUCUUAAAAACAAAACAGGAAAGAUGAGUUUUACUUUAAUGUCCAGCUUGAUUUGCUUGAAUAAGUCGGUCAUAAAAGUGAAACAUAUCUCUGUGAUAAAAAGUUUGAAUAUUAAUAGCUUUUAAAAUAAGGUUUGUUAGGUCUGUUUGUGAAAAAUCUUAUAAAUUAGUGACAUUCAGUUUAUUGGUAACUAUUCAUAACGUUUUUACUUUUUUAAAAAAGUUAAAUUUACCCAUGAUUAAAAAUAACCCAAGGAACGUCUUGUGGUGAUUGAUAUGAAGUGCCACCUACUUUAUCGUAGAUUUGAACUUUGGACAUUGUACUUAAAAUCCAGUCCAUUUUGUUUAGGGUUGGGUUUCUGUUUCAUUAUGUUAAUACAUUGCGUGUUUGAGAUAAAAUAUAUUGUAAAAAUGUUUUCUGCACUUGAGAGUUUAUAUUAAUUGUUUAACAUUUACUUUGAUUUCCAACACCCUAAAACAGUAGCUGCUUUCCUUAAUAUGUUUACUUUUUAGUGGGAAAGCAUACAAACAUGUUUAG